CAGCAGCCAAUUGUAUAAACCUUGGUUAAAAAUUACCAUAGUAAAUAAGUAACCAAGGUUAAAAUCGUAGUUAAGAUACCAUGGUUAAUUUUUACUUGUAUAAAGCUUUUAACCACAUGGUAAGCUAACCAUGGUAAAUACUUAUUUUUAACCCAAGUUAUUUUUCCCAUAAUUCCGAUUUUGUAUUUCCGUAAACAUUACCAAACGAUAUCUAGGCAAAACAAUAAUAAUGGCGGAUAUCGAUUGCGAUAGAAAAAAAUCAAAAAUGAUGAGUCCGAUGGAGAUCGAGGUCAUUCGAGAGUUUAUGUUUGACAAUAUCAAUCAAAUGCAAGAAUCCCACAGCAACGGUGGCCCCGGAGCCGCGAGGAAAGUGCGUUUGCUGUGGGAGCAAUUGACUGAAAAGGUCAACGCAGUUGGAAACGGUCCGCGGACAGUAAACCAAGUGAAGAUGAAAUGGAACAACAUGAAAAAGAAUACAAAGAAAGAAGUAACUGAGAAGAAGCUAGGGUUGGCUGGUACUGGCGGCGGCAGAAAGUUGCCAGAAAUGACGAAGACGUCGGCGGCAGUGUCGGAGCUAUUCGCGGGCUCCGCCAGUUUUCACGGUGUUAGCGAUGACGCUGACACUGCUAUAUUUGGAGAUUUAUCAUCCCAGGCUGCCUACGAUGCGCUUGUGGACUUGGUCCCACUUAUUGAAGCGGCAAAAGUUGGAUCCUCCUUGUUCCUGGACUGUCAGGGCAGCAAUGGCCACGCAACGGAGACGCCGCAGGUCACAGACGAACCAGCGAUCGUCCCCGUUGAUGCAACAGUUCCAGUGUCUGAUGUGAAGUUCGUUGCCACUAAAGUUAGUGAACCGACAAAGAAACCACAAAAGAACGUUGCCACCGGCAAAAAAACUGCCAAAAGCAACAUUACGGUACCUGCCAAGUGCAACAUUACGGUACCUAACCCAAGAUCCUUAAAAGAAAUGCAGCUGGCAUACUUCCAGCACCAGAACAGCCUGUCAGUGGCACAAGAGGCCUAUUACUUGAAAAUGGCAUCGCUGGCGGAUAAAUUGAAUGUGCUAGCUGACAUUGCAAUAGACAAAAUACACAAAAAUGAAUGAAAUUUAUAUAUGUCUACGCUUUCAGGCAAUGUUUUACUAGUUUAUGUUUACAUGUAUUCUCAUUUACUUUUUUGAAUUUCAUAUUGUUUUUGUAUGAUUGCAAUUAUGUAUAGUGUCUCGUACAAUUUUAUUCAUUCAGCCAUUAAUUCAUGUAAUUAAUGGCGAUGUUUUAGAAAAUAUCAAUAAAAUUACAUAAAGUAA